AUGGAUCCAAAAAGCAAGCUCUGCUCUAGUGAUCAUGAGCAGCAGCCAUAUCCCAGACCAGUCCACGCAAACUUCAAGACUUUAUCUACCGACCAAGUGACUAGCGCCGACAGAGUCAGGAGCAUGAAUAGAAAGCUGCGCCCUCUGCAGCCUCCGGAGCCUCGCAAGAGCCUCCUUCUCCCGCCUUCAGUCUCUGUAUCAUACCAACUGCAAAGCGCCGCCAUAAAGCCAACUGACUCUUCUCGCGUCAAUUGGAACCGUCAUUUUACCGUCAAGGGAGAAAUUCAGGUGCCGAGAGGGCCAUACCUGCUGGAUACAUUAGUGAUGGAUGGGAUCGCCCGUCGAUUGGAAGGACCUGUCGUUUUGUCAAGUGUUCUUGAAGUUUCGGCUACAAACUCUGUCUAUGUGAAUACUGGCUGUGAAAAUGGGACUGAACAAACCGAGCACACUCUCCAGAUUCCGCUGGAAAAUGGUUCAUUCCAUUAUGAUCAUGUGUCGUUUAAUAGGCCACAAAGCGAGACGGAUAGUCGUGUUGGUCCAGUUGAUUUCUUUAUCUGCUUUCGCGUGCUCUGCUUCUUAUUCAAUGACUGCAAGGUUAGAUGCGAGAUUGGCCGGGAGGGGCCGUUCCGACUUGAAAGCAAUGGAGGCUGCCCAUCAUCGACCACCGCUGAUGGAUUAACUUCUCAGGAUCAAGAAAAUGCGAGGAUAUUGCCCACCCACCCAGGCGUCUCUCAGCACGUGGACUCUAGGUUAUUGACUGCAUUCUCACCUAACAACCUGGCUACCAACGUUGUGGUGCAGAAAGGUGAACCUCAUAGGGAUCUGUCUCAACAUGCUUCCGGGCUCAUUGAUCCUGCACAGCUGUUGCUGAGAAUGCCCACCCGUGAUGUGGUGAAGGUUUCGGAGGCGAACGGUGAUGAAGAAAACUUUCAACAUAGCUCGCAACUACUAAGGCCUCGCCCUGGUGCUCCCGUACGACGAAAAGCGACAGUCCUUCAGAGAUCCGAGCCACCUCGGGAGACACAUGCAUACCCACGCCUGAACCUAGGUAUGCUGCCUUUGGCGACCUAAUGGUCAUGCCUCUGACAGGGUCGGCCCACCUCAUUCUUGCUGGCCUAGUCUUUUCGCGCAAUAAUACCUACAUAUUGAAACGCGGCAUCCUCAACGUGGAUAUUUUGAUCGAAUUACAUUCCAGAAGGAAGCGGCCGAGGAAAAUAGCACGACGUUCUUUCGGAGCCAUUGCUUUAUUUUAUGACCCAGAGGUGUAUUAUUUGUCACAUUAAGGCAAGACGCAGCGGUUUUCUUCAAGGAAC